UCUAGGAGGCCAGCUCCGGCAAUAUUUUACACCAAUUUGAUUAAAAAAAUUUAUACAUUACGAUCAAAUUCAGGAUUUCAAGCAUAUCCAAAGGUUCAAAUUUGUAUGAACAAAGUUACUUGCAGGGUAAAUGAUUAUGGUUGUUGUUAAGAGAACGUUGAAGAUGAUAACGAAGAAGAAGAGCAGAGGAAAGUCGAUUUCUGUAUCUCAUUUUCAAAAUUGAAACAUACACACAAUUUCUUAGAAAAGAACCAGUCUCCAUUGGGGCCGUCUUCGUUAAUGUAAUCGACGACUCCAAAGAGGCUGGUUAUCAGAUCAUGGAACAUAACAACGAAGGAAAUCUGUCUUUCGGCGAAAAACAUUAUGAUAUCUCACUGCAAAUAUGCGCGAGUCCGGUAGGUUCUCGAAGUAGCGUCAGUGGGAAGGACUUAACCGUGUUAGGGAGCUCGUAUGAAGGUCCGUAUUCAGAACUUGGUACACAUUCUGAUCAUCCACUGCAAAUACGCACGAGUUCAGCAGGUUGUCGAAGUAGUAUCAAUGGAAAUGAUCUAUCCCCAGUACGGAAUUCCUCUGGAGAUAGGCCUUCAGGGUUCAACGGAGCACGUGCUGAUUUCCCACUGAUAAUACCCACCAGUCCAGUAGGUCCUCGAAGUAGCAUUAGCGGAAAGGAUCUACCACCCUUUCCUAAUUCUUCCAAAAGUAGUAGACAAAAUUCUGGUGGCUUUUGUCAUGAUUUAAGUUCCAAAAACAAAGUAGCAUCUUUAAAUGGAGAAGGAGGCUCCCGUCUUGGUAAAAAAUCCAGGGAGGUUUGUCAGAGUCUUGUCCUGGAAAGUGUAAACAUUUCGGUUUUCCCGUCGAAAAAGUCCACAUCUCUUCCUGUUACACCAUUGGCAAGCUUGACCCCUUCAGCCUCAACAACUUCGAAAGAAAGGAUAGGUGGUCAGUAUGAAUCUUCGCAUACUGUGGUAAUUCCACCUAAGGUUCCAAGGUCCUUGUCCGUACCUGUGCGUAAUGUUGUGAUUGUGAGAUCUUUGUCCUUCAUCAAUCGAACGGAACCUGUGCAGAUUGAAACUAGUAAUGAUAUUACAAGUCCUAUUGUAAUGGAAGAUGGUGAUCAAGAGAUUCCUGAAGAGGAAGCAGUUUGUAGGAUCUGUUUCGUAGAAUUGACGGAAGGAGGAAAGACAUUCAAGAUGGAGUGUAGUUGUAAGGGUGAUCUCAGGCUUACACACGAAGAAUGUGUUGUGAAGUGGUUCAGCAUUAAAGGUAACAAGACAUGUGAUGUCUGCCGGCAUGAUGUUCGUAAUUUACCUGUUGCUGUCCUCCGGGUGCAUGCUUCUAGACAAAGGAUAUACAGAAACAGACGAAACACAGCUCAAAAUCCCCCAGCAAUUAGUGCUUGGUAUGACUUGAUAGUACUUACCAUGAUAAGUUCAAUAAGUUACUUCUUCUUCCUUGAGCAGCUACUGCGUAGUGACAUGAAAUCUCAAGCAAUCGUGAUUGCAGCACCAUUUGCUUUCAGCUUGGGGCUUUUGGGAUCAAUGUUUGCAAUCAUUGUAGCAAUCAAGGAGUAUGUAUGGACGUACACAGCACUUGAAUUUGUUUUGGUGGUCAUGAUUCUCCAUCUGUGCUAUACUGAACUCCAUCUGCAUCCGAUCUACGCGGUAUUGCUUUCGGCAAUAGUUGGUUUUGGGACUGCAAUAUCAGUAAAUGCAUUAUGUCUUUACAUAUGCAUGCGGCGUCCCUGGUAUGUGCGGAGACCUAUAGACACUUGGAGUGACGCGUAGUAUCUUGUGCUGUCUGCCGCCUUAUUGACAGAAAAUAGCCUUAAAAGAGAGCUUCUGCUUCAGCAUAAAUAACUGAUGGUGCUGGACAGGUGGACAGGUCCACCGGCAUAUUUUGUUUCCCAGUUAUAGUAAAUGAUCCCGCCACCUGAAAACUUUAUAGACUGAUUUGCAAAAACAUCAAUUUACAAUCUGUUAUAGGGCUUGAGCCCAUGGAUGUGAGGCCCAAUAUAGUGUCUAGGGUCUUAUUCCUAUUUGUAUAUAAAGGAAUAUGUGGAUGUAACACAUACUGAUGCUAAUCAAUAGAAACUCUUUGCCUCUUUGCCUUCCCUACAUUUUCACUAUAAAACGUUAUUAUGUACGAGUUCUUCCCUGCGCUAAAGAAAUUUUUUCUUUUCUUUUCAGCAUCAAUCGGUCACCUGUAAUUGGGGAUCUAGAUUUUGGUCCUAGUAAAUUUCCCGUUCGUGAAAAAAAAUGUUGGGCAAAGUUUUGCAUCAUCAAACGUUUAUGCAACCACAAUCACAGUGAAGCAAAUGAUGAAAUUGCGAAACAGCUAAGUGGAUCUAUUUAUCUUUAUUCCCUGAUUUUGAUAUUGACAUAUAUCCAAUAUAUUUAUAAUAGAAAAUUGAUUUGAUUUAGGUAUUAACUCGUCUGGUAGAAGCCAUAUGUAUACUAAUCCUAUAGUCAAUUUCAAUUUCAAUUUCAAUUGAGUGAUUAUAUUUUAAUAGGAUAAUAUGGAUCUCUGUGCUUUUGUAUCUUGGGCGAUGGAAGCAUGUGGGGAUCGAAGGAGAGGGGGCGGCGGUUUGAAAACGAAGGAGAAAAGGAAGAAUGGAUUCGUCCAAAAAUCCCCAAAUUUUUCUAAUGACUCGGUACUGUUCCGACCCCAGCUAUCCUGUCCCAUCCCGGUUCCUGAGACUGGCCUAUCCUGUCCCGUUCUAAGCUGUCCUGUCCUGUUCCGUCCUAUCCUGUCCUAUCCUGUCCCGUUCUGGUUCCUGGAGGUGUGUCCUGUUCCAGUUCGUUCUGGGCCGUGCACGGCCAAGCCCGGUCCGGUUUUGGCUAUACAUAAUGGGAGCUAAAGCUUGAGGAAGGUAUGUAACUAAUUGAAUAUGAAUAUUUGAUUUACUUAUUUAUUUUCAUUUUAUUUUCAUUUUUUUUCCAGAACAUGUCUAAUUCUACCUUAAAAUAAGUCCAUAGCAUAUAAAGUUAUAAACAAUCAAUUUAAUUUAUGAUUGUUGAUCAUUAAGAGUUUUGGUUUUAGUGUUAUUUUGUUUUCUUGAAUAUGAUAUUGGUUAUAGGUGAAUGGUGUUUAUUUUUGUUCAAUUUGGUUGUACCAACUCAAUUCCAAUGUAUUCAUUUGGGGCUUAGAAGUACUUGAGCACCAUUAUUGGAUACUUGAUAUUUUCCCAAAAAAAAAAUUUGAAUGUUCCGUGGAACGUAUCCACUUGCUCGACUAUUAAUCUUUCAGUAGUUUCAAAACAUACGUUCAAAUAAAAUCACAUGUAUUCCAAUUUUUGUGGAA